AUGCUUACUACCGGCGUGAAGGGGGCCCUUUGGCUUGCCUUUGCCUCGGUGGCUGCCGCCCUGGGACAGGAGCGUAUCAUCUCUACCAAGGGCCAUGGAGGUGACCUGCAGAUUGCCGGCGGCGAUGUAGGCAAGGGCCAAAUUCUGGUGUCGAAGAAUGACUACUGGGGCGUCAUCCGCGCAGCUGGCGACCUCGCUGUCGACUUCGGGCGCGUCACGGGCACCAACUACACGCUCAGCAAUGGCGAAAAGAAGGCAGCCGCGGCGGAGUACGAGUACGAGCCGGUCAACAACAUGAACAACACUCACUUCUCCACGACCGGAACCGCCAGUUUCCCAGGCCCGGCGUACUCGGACCCCUCACCAGGAAGUGUUGUCAUCAUUGCCGGCACCAUAGGCCACUCGACGGUCAUUGACAAGCUUAUUUCAUCCCGGUCCAUCGAUGUGUCGGGAGUCAAGGGCGAGUGGGAGUCUUUCACCAGCCAGGUGGUCAAGAACCCGGUGCCGGGGUGCAAGAAGGCAUUGGUUAUUGCGGGAAGCGAUCCUCGCGGAACCAUCUUCGGCAUCUACGACGUCAGUGAGCAGAUCGGCGUCAGUCCGUGGUACUUCUGGGCCGACAGCCCGGUCCAGAAGAGCGAGAACCUCUACGUCACCGACAAGAAGAAGGUCCAGGGCCCGCCGUCGGUCAAGUACCGCGGUUUCUUCUUGAACGAUGAACAGCCGGCCUUGACUAGCUGGGUUGCCUCUCACUGGGAAGAUACUCCGUACGGCGCCGGCUACGGCCCCGCGUUCUACAGCCUCAUCUUUGAGCUGCUGCUGCGUCUCCGUGCCAACUACCUGUGGCCCACCGUCUGGGCGACCAUGUUCGAGGUUGACGACCCGGGCAACCAACCGCUGGCAGAUGCUUUUGAGAUUGUCAUCGGAUCCUCUCACACGGAACCCAUGAUGCGUGCGCAGAACGAGUUCGGCAAGUUCUACGAGGGUCCCUGGGCGUACAACCUCAACAACGAGACCAUCGACGACUACUUCCGGUACGGUGUCCAGCGCGCCAAGCCGUACGCCCGCAACAGCCUGUGGACCAUGGGCAUGCGGGGAACUGGCGAUACCGCCAUCGAGGGUCUUGGGGUUGAUCACAUCGUGGAGAUGCUGCACGCGCUGGUCAAGAGCCAGCGCGAGAUCCUCGUCGAAGGACUCAACAUCACCGACAUCUCGACGGUCCCGCAGACGUGGUGCCUCUACAAGGAGGUCAUGUCGUACCUGUUCGCGGGCCUGCAGGUGCCCGACGACGUAACGCUGCUCUGGGCCGACGACAACUGGGGCAACGUGCGGCGGCUGCCGAUGCAGAACGAGACGCAGCGCGUGGGCGGCGCCGGCAUCUACUACCACUUCGACUACGUCGGCGGCCCGCGCAACUACAAGUGGAUCAACACGAUCCAGCUGAGCAAGACGGCCGAGCAGAUGCACAUGGCGUACGCCCGCGGCGCCGACCGCAUCUGGGUCGUCAACGUCGGCGACAUGAAGUCGCUCGAGAUCCCCAUCAGCCACUUCCUCGACCUCGGCUACGACGCCGAGCGCUGGCACGUCGACAGCACCCUCGAGUGGGCGCAGGCCUGGGCCACGCGCGAGUUCGGGUCCGCCCACGCCAAGCACAUCGCCGAGAUCAUGAUGAGGUACGGCAUGUACGCGGCCCGCCGCAAGUACGAGCUGAUCGAGCCGCACGUCUACUCGGUCAUCAACUACAACGAGGCCGAUGCCGUGCUGCAGCAGUGGGAGGAGUUGGUGGCCGACGCGCAGGCCAUCUAUGACGACCUGCCGGCCGAGACACAAGCUGCCUUCUUUGAGACUGUCUUGCACCCCGCAAUGGCUGGUGAGAUUGUGCAGAAGAUCAACAUCGGAGGUGCGAGGAAUAUGUUCUACGCCGGCCAGAGGCGUAAUGCCGCCAACACGGUGAUUCAGGAGGUUCUCGCCCACUCGUCGGCUGAUGCCAACCUCACUCGCCGCUGGGAUGCUCUGCUCGAUGGCAAGUGGAAGCACUUUAUGGACCAAACUCAUCUUGGAUAUGACGGCUACUGGCAACAGCCCAUGCGCAACGCCCUACCCGCGAUGGUGCACGUCCAGACCGACUUUGUCGCCUUGGCCGGCGAGAUCGGCGUCGGCGUCGAGGGCUCCAACGCGACGGUCCAGGGCGACGACAGAUGGCACGGCAACAGCGGCAACGAGCUCACGCUCCCGCCCAUGGACCCGUACGGCCCGGAGACCCGCUACAUCGACAUCUUUGCGCGCGGCACCAAGGACUGCACCUGGAAUGUCGCCGCCUCCGAGCCCUGGCUCAAGCUGUCCCAGUCCAACGGCAGCGUCGGCGUCAGCCAUCCCGACGCGCGCGUCUUCGUGUCGGUCGACUGGAAAUCCGCGCCCCCGGCCCCCUUCUCCGACACGGUCACCAUCAACAUCACCACCCCCUGCGUCGGCAUGAACCGCUUCGGCUUCGACGACCCGCACGUGCUCGUGCCCGUCCAAUCCCGCACCAUCCCCUCCUCCUUCAAGUCAGGCUACGUCGAGUCCGAUGGGCACGUGGCCUUCCCCGGCGCAGCCUUCGCACGCACCCUCCCCCCCAGCACCAACCCCCCCGCCACCCAAACCAAAACCAAAACCAAAAAGCCACAAUACCACACCUUCACCCACUACGGCCGCACCGGCUCCGGCGUCGGCCUGAUCCCACUCAACACCGAAAAGCUCACCCUCGCCACGGCACCCGCGCUCGAAUAUGACCUGUACCUCUUCACCAACCACACCGCCGCCAACAUCACCCUCUACCUCUCCCCGGCGCUCAACUACCUCGGCGAAGGCACCCCGCUCGAGUACGCCAUCGCCCUCCUCCCCGCCACCUCCACCAAUGGGACUGCUACCGAAAAAGUACAGCACGUCCGCCCCGUCGGCGCCACCGUCGGCGGGGACAUGCCCGCAGGCUGGGACGGUGCCGUGGCGGACGGCGUGUGGGGCCGCACGGGGCGGUACACGACGAGCAGUUUUGCGGUGCCGGCGGAGGGGGCAUACAAGUUGAGGGUGUGGGCGCUGAUGCCGGGGGUGGUGGUGCAGAAGGUGGUGGUGGACUUGGGUGGGGUGAGGGCGAGUUAUUUGGGGCCGCCGGAGAGCUUUUUGGUGGGGAGGGAUGAGGUUGGGGCGGGGGGGAGGGUGAGUUUUGCGGGGUGA